ACUCGUCACCAGCUGGGAAAGUGAGUCGCAAUGAUUUCCGAGUCCUUUUCUGCUGGUAAGCAGUCCGGAUUUAUGUCAAGUAAUUAUCUAAACCACAGUCAUACUUAAAUCAACUUUGUUACUCUGAUUACUAAAUGGUUGAAGUGAGAAGUCGAACCAUACAUAACACUACAUUGUCUCUUUCACUAUUCAAAUCCCGAAAUGGGGGGAAAAUCGAGUCACCCAAGAAAUCAAAAGUGUGACGGAGCUCUGUUCAUUUUAGGUAGGAGAGCUUCGACGAGUGGCUGUGGGGCUGCGGAUUUUUUCUGUCCACGCUUUAAUCACAGUGUUACCUGGAAGCAUGAAGCCGACAUUGUUAACAAUGGUGGUGAAAAGUACACGAUUGGGUCUGCCAAAAAUUUAGAAACUUUGGAUGACGAAAAAUAUGGGGAGUUUUUAAUAUUUCGGGACAAAGUGGACCUUUCCGAGGAACACUUCCGAAUUGAAAGUGAUGCGAAUGGGACGUUCUGGCUGCAUAGUUUAGGAGGACGAGAGACUUUCCUAAAUGGGAAAUUACUUGAAGAUUCAACCGAGUUAAAAUUUGGGAAUAUAUUUUACUUUUCACCUAUUUUUUCGCCAUUUUGGGAUUCCCGAUUAAUUCCCUUGGCCAAGAAGGGAAGAAGCCAGGGGUUGUUGUACCACAAAAAAUGGUCGGGGCAAGAAUAUGCAGUAUUUAAAUUUGAGAGACUGAUACGUGACGCAACCGGAAAACAGAUUAUUCAAGAAACAGGCAAAAAUGACAUAAACAAGUUAUUUCUUUGUCACCCCAUUUUCUACAACCAUGUCAUCCUCACCACAAUAUUUGAACGCUUGGUCAACCCUUCUUCAUCCCACACCCGCUAUAACGAACACCUUUUUACCUGUCGCCUCGUCUCCAAAUCAUGGAACGACUCGGUUCGGCUCGUCAUUCAGAAAAAUCUCGUACCCAGCGUCACCAUUGGUAUGCAAGAACUACAGGUCGGCACACAUUACCGCACGAACCGAUGGAUCUACUGGAAAACGGGGGGCGUCUCAGCACUAAAAUUUGACUCGCUGAGUUUUAACAUUUACGGAAAUCAGCCCCACAAUUACGAUCCCAUAGAUUACUUAUAUCUGGCCGAUGCAAUAACAAAAUUCAACCAAGAUUUGUCCAGAUUUAUAAACCAGGCAGAUUCCCACCCUCUAAACUUACUUAUCAUGAAAAUAGAGUAUUUUACCCCGAUUUGCAUCCUCCUCUCGAGAUUUUCUAAUCCCCUUGUCGAGCUCAACAUUCAAAUUAAUAAGGUUUGGAUUUACGACGGAAACCAUCACAAAUCUGGAUUCCCGAAAGAUCUAAGGUUUCCAAACCUGAAAAAAUUAACACUCGAGUUUUUCGAACAUAAAGAAGGUGAUCUUGCGAACAUCUCGGAUUCGAGCUGUCUCGCCCAACUCAUCCAAGCUUCCAGCCGAAUUGAGGAGCUCGUGUUAAAGAAUUACGCCAAACUUCCCACCGAAUUCGGGACGUCGUUUAAGAAUUUGAGAAAAAUAACGAUUUUUGGUCAGUGGGAGUAUAACGUGCAGAGUUUGAAUUUGCACGACUUUCUCGCCCAGGUUAUGCCCUUGUCAGCAAAUCAGUUAACCUCUUUCACAUUAGACUUGCCCGAAAUUCUAGUUCAACAGGGCACGAAACGGGACGAACUGCUAUCCUUCUUGCAAAAACACCGGAGAAGUUUGGAAUAUUUGGAGCUCUCGAUACGCGUGCAAUCUUGUGCGCAUGAGCCCCGACCAUUCAUAAGGGUGCCGAGGUGCAUGUCAAAUUUGAAGAAGGUCUGGAUAAGCUGGAACGAUCAUCGGGGGGGGUCCAACUCUUGGUGGGGGUUUAAGUUGGGGAGUCAACUGAAGGGGAAGGAGGGUGAGGACUUCACAGCGGAAGAAAUGUCGGAGGGGCCCUUCGUUGUGAGGGAAGGGAGGAAUUGUGGUCAAGAAUCGUGUCGUACUUGUGACGAUUCUUUAGUGUAUGGAGAGUGGCGUAAUAAACAGUUGAACAAAGAGAUGUAUCCUGUAUUGCUCUAAACGUGCCUGGGUAGGAUUUGGUUAAAUACAUAUUUCUGUGUGUAAAUAUGGUAUUUUCUGAAGUGAAAAUAAAUUGCCUGAGUCUGAUUUAUGUAAUUUAAUAAUUGCUACACUCUUAAAAAUACCUUUUUGAAAAGUUAACGCACUCUGAAUUCUACUUAAAUUAAGUAAACUAUACUAAAUCCCGAGUAAACGUUACCCUUUAUCAAGUUGACGUAUGUAACUCUGGUUAACUUAUGUACAUAAUACAGAAUAUAUAGCGCAUUUACUUUUCAAAAGGGUUUCAUUAUUUUUAAGAGAGUGCGAUAAAAAUUGAUAUUUUGCUGUGAAAGUGUGAAGCAAUGACUCUUUGCUCGAUUUAUAAUUAUUUUACGAUAAUUACAUAUGCCAAAUUGGUAGGAAUUUGUAACAAUUUUUAUUUUACUUCAGAAUCAUAGUAUUUCCACAAAUAGUGAAAUUUUUCUGCAAUGUCUGAAAAUUAUUUUUUUAUGUGACACGAUAAACUUGCGUUACUUAAGUACACUUAGAAUUCUGCUAUAGUCAGGCAGGUAUUGAUUUCUUGUAUGGACAGAUUUUUGGAUGAUGCAUGUUGUUUGUCAGAGGGAAGCUACAUACAUAUGUACAUAUUACGUACCUAUAUUGAAAAGCAAAUAAAUGGUAACACUGAAAUUGAUCCCCCUUUUGAUAUUGAAACUCGAUACUGAUUCACCCACCAAUUUAUGAAUAAAUGUUCCGUUGAUUUUAAACCGUGCUCAAAGUUUUAUAAA